AUGAAUCUGCUGCAGGCCAAGCCUCCCAAAUUCUACACUGGUUCGCUGGCUCGAUUUGGAUUUCCCACGUCUCCGUCUUUGCAGCGACCAGCACAUAAGGUGGUAGCCACACAGCAGACAACUAGAGCUCUGCAUCGUGUCUGGCGGGAUGCAUUGUUCCCAGUAACAUGGAAACUAAUAGGAUCAUUCCGCGGCAUGCAAAGAGUCUUACACCGUAUUCUUAACUGCUGGGUUACCGAGAAGCCCAGCAUCCCACAAGCUACAAGCUACGACCCUCGGCGGCACAAAGCAGCCGGGUACGCUUGUACGGUUACAGUACUGAAACUCUGCACGCCCGGCCCGGUUGUAUCGUCGCUAACCUUCGCUUCUGGAAGAUCGUGCCGAGGCAGGGUCUGUGCUCCCAGACCCAGGUUCAUACAAGGAAAAACCGCGAAGAAUACCGUGCAAAUGUAUCGACGUUUCGUAUUGUCAUUACGACCGGGGCAGUUGUAG